GUGUUCUUCCCCUUUUGGUAUUCAUCCCCGCCCCACCAUCACCUCUGCAACAAACGAACCAACAAGCAGACGUCCCAAUCCAAACAAUGGCCGAUUAGAUUGCGAGAGGAAAGCCGAGAAGGGGUCUCUUCGGCUCCAAUUCCAUUAACCAAAUGUAAUCGAGCAGAGAUUGUACUAUCGCUACUCUGCGAGAGGAAAGAUGGUUUCAAUAUUGUUUUAGGCGAUGUCCACAUGCCUGACAUGGAUGGAUUCAAACUCCUUGAGGACGUUGGGCUGGAGAUGGACCUUCCUAUUGUCAUGAGGGGAUAUCUUAUCCCAAAGAUGAGGUAUUCCACCAGAUUCCUUAGCCUCCCAAUGGAACGGCCAUGCACCCAUGCACCUAAAUGUGCGAAGGAUACCACUGUCCGUCCCGUCAUUCUUUUAGAGAAUGAGAAAAGAAUAAGCACUACAAGAGAACAUCAUUCCAGCUUCACUGCAAUGUACCAAACACUGACUAUUAGUGAAGGGAUUAGCAAUACCACACCCAAGGAUAGUAAGAACGUUGUGAUGAAAGGUGUCACUCAUGGUGGUUGUGAUUAUUUUGUCAAACCAGUUCGCAUUGAGACACUGAGGAACAUAUGGCAGCAUGUAGUUUGGAAGAGGAAAGAUGUGUGGAAGGAUUUUGAGCAAUCAGAUAUCAUAGAAGAUGGUGAAUGAAAAAAAAAGCCAUAAGAAGAUACAGAUUUCUCAUCGUCUUCAAAUGAAGGAAAUUGUAGAACUCAAAGAGGCAGAAGGAGGAAGAGGAUGAAGAUGAAGAGGAUAGGGAUGAUACGUUUACACUAAAGAAGCCACGGGUGGUUUGGUCAGUUGACCUUCAUCAACAGUUUGAGGCAGCGUUAAAUCAACUUGGCAUUGAUAGUAUGAGUCUUACCCCAUUUAUUUCAUUUUUAUUAUCUUAUCCUUAAAAAAAAUUCCAAUGCGUUUGUUGUGCUAAUUGUACCUUUUGGGUUGAAAAAUAACAAUUCAUGGUAUUUCACAACGUAUGGGGUCUGAUAGUUUCAUGUAAAAGUGGCUGUACCUUAUGCAUUUCUGCAUGUUUCCUCUAGAAAAAUUCAAUUACACAAGAUGAUAGACUAGGACUAGGAGUCUAGGUCAAGUGCAGUCUACUUGACCUUAUAAUGAGUAAAGAAACAGAUCAUGCAAGAUAUGUAAUGUAAAAACCUUGAAGGACAAAGAUUUUUUGAGGAAAAAUGUGCACCCUAUCGUGGUGUGUAAACAACCACUAAUGAUCAAGAGUGCACUUACAAAGUCAGGAAAACAACUUACGACCUAACCCGAGCCUCUCUUGAUUCUACCACUUCAAAUGUGUGGUUUUACUAACAGCACAACCAGAGAAGCUUUCAGUGGAAUCAGUGCAGUACCACGUGAAGCUGUCCUUUAUAAGCUAGGGUUUCACUAUAUGUAAGGAAUUCAACAGAGGCUAAAGCUUCAUCUUGAAGUACUGGAAAGCUUACUCAAACUGGAACCGAGCGGGUUUCUUUAAAUCUUAGUCCGCAGGUUUAGGUACAGUCAAUCGGGGUACUUCAUAAUUGUGUUCUGAAGUAAUCCUGACGAUUCCUAUGGAGGAGAGAUUGGGUGUAAGAAAAUGAGAGUACCCUCAACUUUCCAUCGGAAUUUCUGUGAGGCCAGAGGAUUCUGAAUUCUUGGAGACUUGCACUGGUUGUUAGACCUUGGAACAACUUUAAAAUCCACUCACAAAUAUGGAAGUGUAACCUAAAAUGCAAUGAUCACUAUGGAAGUAUCAAGUUCCAGAGGAAGUCCAUUCUUUUGUAGUUUGAGUCACUCGAUGUUAAGUGCACUAUCGUUUGUUAUUGUGGCAGCAGGGUACCAUUACAAAAUACGAAAUAAAAUAUUGUGUGGGAAUAGUGAUACAAUACGGUCUCACAAAAGCUAUUUUGAGCAAAAAAAGACGGAUGUUUGGUCUGUUCCUGGCCUCCUGGAAAACCACAAGCAGUUUAGAUUGGACUUCUGUGUGAAGUGCCAUAGCAAUAAGAUCUUAUGUUUUGAUAUAAACUUAUGACAAAUUUUCUUUUCUAUAAGUGGAUCCAAUAUACUUAUUGAUGGAGCUGAUUAUGUAAUUAGCUUGUACAUCAAGCUGUUAUUAAUUCAUAUUUCCAGAUUUUACUUGUGUUUUAAUAUCUAAUUAUCCAGAGACUGUUCCUAAGAAAAUUUUGGACUUGAUGAACGUUCCUGGACUCAUUAGAGAAAAUGUUGCUAGCCACCUUGAGGUAUGGUACUGCUUUUCUUGAUGGAUAUUAACCAUUUGUUCCACUCUCAUAUCAUUUAUAACAUGUAUGUAGCUGUUACAUAAUGGAAACAAUCAUUAUGGAGCACUCACAACUGCAGCAUGUAUGUAUAACAAGUAUGUAGUGGUUUUCCAUAGUCAAAGUAAUGUAUAAGUUAUAAUAUGUAUGUAGGCACAAGUUUAUAAAUAGUGAGUCUUUUUUAAUACAGGAGAAAGUAGGCAUUGAAAAAAACUGAUGGUUUAUGCUAGAAAUUCUUGGGGAAGUCAUGGGAUGGCUUGCUUUUAGACCAUAAAAAUAGAUUGGAUCAAAUGCUCCUUUGAAUUUUAGUUUCUCAUAUUCUCUUUGGCUAUGUUGGACACUUGCAAUUCGAUCUUUUUAUAUUCUACACUAAAGGAUGUGAGCUCAAGUAUCAAUGGUCUUCUACUUUACCGAUUCAACAACUCAAUGCUCCCAUUGGAUGGGAUGCCGAAAUAGAAAUGCAUAACGCCAACGACUGUAAGACUUACUCAAUCAAACCAAUUAUAGUCAAAGUUCAUUUUGCAGUUUAUAAUUUCACCGAAUCACUGCUUAUAUUUUAUAUCUGUCAAUGCAGCUAUAACAUAACCAGCUCACCGCACUUGUUUCGAGCUCCAAGCCAUUCUGUGAGGUGCGCUACACUGCUGGCAUAUGCAGAUUUGCAGAAAUUGAAGCUACCUCAACACUUCGAGACAUUAUGUGAUCAACAUAACCGUGAAGAAUUUAUACUAAUUUCAAAAUCAAGGAGAUGGACCGUCCAAUACGCUAACGAAUUCUUCAUUGGAUGUAAAUCAUUUGUUCAUGCACACAAACCAUCACAUUAGUACUCAAUCCUAAUGUACAUGUAGAAUUACAUACCAUGGCAUCUACUCUUGGUAUUGAUAUCAUUGCGCAUGUCUUUUGCGAUUACAUAAUAUGUAAGGAUUGUGAACUUCUAUCUAAUGAACGCCUGUAUAAAAAAUAAUCAACCUACAUUUCGCAACAA